GGCGGGGGCGGAGGAGCCGCGAACCCCGGCAGCCAGUGGGCAUGGCGGCGGCGGGGGCGCCUGCUGGCCGGCUGCUGAGGCUGCGUGCGGCGGGUGCCGAGGGCCGCUGGCGUCGCCUGUGCGGGGGCCCGCCCAUGCGGGGCUUCCUGCAGCCCCCGACGCGGCAGGUGGCCCACUUCACGUUCCAGCCGGACCCGGCGCCCCACCAGUACGGGCAGACUCAGAAAAUGAAUCUUUUCCAGGCAGUAACGAGUGCAUUGGAUAACUCAUUGGCCAAAGACCCUACUGCAGUAAUAUUUGGUGAAGAUGUUGCCUUUGGUGGAGUCUUUAGAUGUACUGUUGGCUUGCGAGACAAGUAUGGAAAAGAUAGAGUGUUUAAUACCCCAUUGUGUGAACAAGGAAUUGUUGGGUUUGGAAUUGGAAUUGCAGUCACAGGAGCUACUGCCAUUGCAGAAAUUCAGUUUGCAGAUUAUAUUUUCCCUGCAUUUGAUCAGAUUGUUAAUGAAGCUGCCAAGUAUCGCUAUCGCUCUGGAGAUCUUUUUAAUUGUGGAAGCCUCACCAUUCGGUCCCCUUGGGGUUGUGUUGGCCAUGGGGCUCUCUAUCAUUCUCAGAGUCCAGAAGCUUUUUUUGCUCACUGCCCAGGAAUCAAGGUGGUUGUACCCAGAAGCCCUUUCCAGGCCAAGGGACUUCUUUUGUCAUGCAUAGAGGAUAAAAAUCCUUGUAUAUUUUUUGAACCUAAAAUACUUUACAGGGCAGCAGUGGAACAAGUUCCUGUAGAUCCAUACAACAUCCCCCUGUCCCAGGCUGAAGUUAUACAGGAAGGGAGUGAUGUCACUCUAGUCGCUUGGGGCACCCAGGUUCAUGUGAUCCGAGAGGUAGCUUCCAUGGCUCAGGAGAAGCUGGGAGUGUCCUGUGAAGUCAUUGAUCUGAGGACUAUAAUACCUUGGGAUGUGGAUACAGUUUGCAAGUCUGUGAUCAAAACAGGACGACUGCUCAUCAGUCACGAGGCUCCCUUGACUGGUGGCUUUGCAUCAGAGAUCAGCUCAACAGUUCAGAAAGAAGUUCUACCACAAGGUGACUGCAGCAGAGUCCUGGAACUGCCGCUUGACUACAGUCAGAGUCAUGCGUCCCUUGGAUCCUCUCCAUAGUCGUCAAGGAAGAAUGUUUCCUGAACCUAGAGGCUCCUAUAUCGAGAGUAUGUGGGUAUGACACACCAUUUCCUCACAUUUUUGAGCCAUUCUAUAUCCCAGACAAAUGGAAAUGCUAUGAUGCCCUUCGAAAAAUGAUCAACUAUUGACCACAUA